CAUUUUUUUGUAAACAUUCAAAAAUCAAAACAAAGAAUUUAUCUACAAAAAUAACCCUAAGAAUAGUGAAAAUAACUGCAAAAUUGUUUUUAUUCUAUAAAAUUAAAACAGAAUUGUUCGUUUCUUUUAUAAUGUCGCAAAUAAUUUGACUUCCUCUGCAUACAGUGUGGUCGACGUAUUCGAUGACGAAAGAAGCACUUGCUUGUCCGAGAAUCCCCCACAAAUAAAUAGCUCUAAAAUAAUUAUAAACAAUGGUUUCAUCGCAAUACAAUAAAUUAAAGCAACAGAUUGUUCUGCGCGUUGGCAAAAGUGAUGGCCACUCUCAUAUACUAAAAGUAUUAAAGGAUUUCUACAGUGAAGAUAUUGACUCCAAAAGACGGUACGAACAGAUAGAUACAUUAGGCAAAUUGCUGAGAGUUCUGGAAAUAAGAGAUGUGCUCUCAGAAGACAAUGUUGCCCCACUCAAAGAAAUCUGUCGCAGACUUAGUGACAAUGAACUCUUGUUUUUAAUUAAUGAAUAUGAAAAUUCUUACAAACAAAAACUCUAUACAAGUCAUAAUGCUGUUCAAUCUCAACCUGCAUUUGAAAAAGAACCCGCUGAAAAGCCUGUACGGCAUCUCCAUGAGAGCCUCAGCCCAAGAAAACUGAAACGUCUAGAGGAUACUCUCGUUCAAGAAAUUGGUACAUUCUGGCGUGAUUUAGCAAGAAAUUUAAAAAUACGUGAAUGUGAUAUAGACAAUAUUGACAGCAACUACACAAGCUCAGAGGAAAAAGCCAGGGAAGUGCUAGAAUUGUAUAAGACAAUAUGGGAUCCACAGAAAUGGUUUUAUGUGCUCUGCAACGCUUUAGAGAAAAGUCGUAGAAAAGAUUUAUGUAAAUCACUCCAAAAAAUAAUAGUAAUGGACAUUUGAAAUAACACAAUAUUUUACUAUUAAUAAAAUU